GCGCCGUGUCCGCCCGAGCAAGCGCGGGCUCUCUGGCAUCUUCUGCUUUGGGUUUUUGAGCAGAUAUUUUUUGGAAACUGAUAAAUACAAAAUGGCUGGAAAUCAAACAAGCACCCAAAGAAGUGCUUAGAUUCCUCACAUUCUUUUAAAAAUAACUUGCUUCCAAAAUGUCAGUAUACACUGCUCAUAAUAGACACAACAGUGAUGUCCUUGAAGUUCCUUCUACCCACAAGAGUUCCUCAGAGAAUGCCCCCACCCUCAGCAGCCAGCUGAAGAUGCAUUUGAAGUCAGAUGUGUCAGAAAGUGAAAAUGAUGAUCAUCCAUUAGGAAGAUCUGCAACUGAAAUCAGAGAUGUAAACUGCACUUAUGUUAUUUCUGCCUGUAAGAGAACAGGAGACAUGCCCCUUUCUCCUAACCCUGUGGGUAGACUGACACUUCAGAGAAGAGCUACAAGGAACAAGGGAUCAUCUUUACCUGGUAGUGAGUUGGGAGACACAACUACAAAAAUAGCAGAUACAAGUCUUACAUUACAACGUCGUCGUGCUAAAACUGGUUCUGUGGAAAAGUGGAAAACAGCUAAAGGAGAUUCUGUUGAAAAGCGGCAGACAGAACAUCAUAUGGGAGGUGACACGGAAAAUGAAUGUGCUUCACAGGAAAAUAAGAUAAAUGCAAAGAUUAUGAGUAAUAAAAACACUCCUGUUGCAUCCUGUGAGAUUUUAGCUGAAGAUUCAAAUGGCAUUGAAAUGAUGGUUGAUGAGAAAUACAAAGACACAUUUCCUGCUCUCAGUAGGGCAGAUGAAAAUGUGACACUUAAGUAUUUACGCAGUAUAGCACCUGUUGCUCUCCAGAGUCACACUGACAGUAGAUCAGGACACUUAGCAAUGAAACCUAUUAAGACCAAGCUGGAUAUCAAAGUUUCAGGAACAGGAGACUUACAUCAUGGAAGCAUUGGGAAAGAUGUUGCAAAAAAUUCGAAUAAAUUUGGAAACUUAGAAACAAGAACCCCUGUGAAAUGUGUAACAGAACACAAAGUAACACCGAAAUAUGGCCAGCCCCAGCUUAAAAGCCCAGCUGCAUCAAUACUGAAAAGUAGGAUGCCUAGCCUUCAAGUUAGGCAAAGGUCAAAAAAUUCUCUGGUUGCAAAUAACAGAGAAAAGUCACAAGAAAAUACACUCCCUCCAGAAGAAAAAACUGCAGUUCAGAAUACUUCUACAGAAACAGACCCCUUAAAAGUAGAGAAUAGUCAAGUGACAGUGGCUGUGCGUGUGAGGCCUUUCAGCAAAAGAGAGAAGAUUGAGAAUGCAUCCCAGGUGGUCUUCACUAAUGGAGAAGAAAUAGCUGUGGAACAUCCUGAUAUGAAACAAGUUUAUACUUUCAUUUAUGAUGUUUCAUUCUGGUCUUUUGAUGACUGUCAUCCUCACUAUGCUAGCCAGAGUACUGUGUAUGAGAAGCUGGCAGCACCCCUCCUAGAAAGAGCCUUCGAAGGCUAUAAUACCUGCCUGUUUGCUUAUGGUCAGACUGGCUCUGGAAAGUCAUAUACGAUGAUGGGACUUAAUGAAGAACCAGGAAUAAUUCCGAGAUUUUGUGAAGAUCUUUUUGCUCAAAUAGCCAAAAAACAAACCUCAGAGGUCAGCUACCAUAUUGAAAUGAGUUUCUUUGAAGUUUAUAAUGAAAAAAUUCAUGACCUUCUGGUUUGUAAAGGUGAAAAUGGGCAGAAAAAACAACCACUGAGAGUAAGAGAGCAUCCAGUGUCUGGGCCGUAUGUUGAAGCACUGUCCAUGAAUGUUGUCAAUUCUUACUCGGAUAUUCAGAGUUGGCUGGAGUUGGGAAAUAAACAAAGAGCAACCGCUGCUACUGGUAUGAAUGAUAAAAGCUCUCGUUCUCAUUCAGUUUUUACCCUGGUGAUGACCCAGACCAAGACUGAGUUCGUGGAAGGGGAAGAACAUGAUCACAGAAUAACAAGCCGUAUCAACCUAAUAGACUUGGCUGGCAGUGAACGCUGCUCUACUGCCCAUACAAGUGGAGAUCGACUGAAGGAAGGUGUGAGCAUUAACAAGUCCUUGCUAACUCUGGGGAAGGUUAUCUUUGCACUCUCUGAACAAGGAAACCGAAAGAGAGCUUUUAUUCCGUAUCGUGAAUCUGUUCUUACAUGGCUAUUAAAAGAAAGCCUGGGUGGAAAUUCAAAAACAGCAAUGAUAGCUACAAUCAGUCCUGCUGCUAGCAACAUAGAAGAAACAUUAAGCACACUUAGAUAUGCCAACCAAGCUCGUAUGAUAGUUAAUAUUGCCAAAGUAAAUGAAGACAUGAAUGCUAAGUUAAUCAGAGAACUGAAAGCAGAAAUUGAAAAGUUAAAAGCUGCUCAGAGAAACAACUGGAAUAUUGAUCCUGAACGAUACAGACUUUGUCGACAAGAAAUAGUAGCCUUAAGAAUGAAACUGCAUCAACAGGAGAGAGACAUGGUGGAAAUGCAAAGAGUUUGGAAAGAAAAAUUUGAACAAGCUGAAAAAAGAAAACUUCAAGAAACAGAGGAGUUGCAGAAAGCUGGGGUUACUUUUCAAAGGGACAACCACUUGCCAAACCUCGUUAAUCUCAGUGAAGACCCACAACUAUCUGAGAUGCUGCUAUAUAUGAUCAAAGAAGGAACAACUACAGUUGGAAAGUAUAAACCAAACUCAAAACAUGAUAUUCAGUUAUCUGGAGUACUGAUUGCAGAUGAUCAUUGUACUAUAAAAAAUGUUGGAGGGACAGUGAGUAUUAUCUCAGUUGGAGAAGCAAAGACAUAUGUAAAUGGAAAACAUAUUUUGGAACCCACAGUAUUACAUCAUGGUGAUCGGGUGAUUCUUGGUGGAGAUCAUUAUUUUAGAUUCAAUCAUCCAAUUGAAGUCCAAAAAGGGAAAAGACCAUCCAGUAGAGAUACUCUUAUAAGUGAGGGCCCCAAAGACUUUGAAUUUGCUAAAAAUGAGUUGUUUAUGGCACAAAGAUCACAACUUGAAGCAGAAAUAAAAGAGGCCCAGUUGAAGGCAAAGGAAGAAAUGAUUCAAGGAAUCCAAAUUGCAAAAGAAAUGGCUCAGCAAGAGCUUUCUUCUCAAAAGGCUGCAUAUGAAAGCAAAAUACAAGCUCUGGAAGCAGAACUGAGAGAAGAGUCUCAAAGGAAGAAAACACAGGAAAUAAGAAAUCAAAAGGCUAACAAGAAAAUUGAGGAAUUAGAAAAGGCAAACCAGCAUCUUGAGCAAGAAGUUUAUGUCAACAAAAAGCGGUUAGAAAUGGAGACUUUGGCAACAAAGCAGGCUUUAGAAGAUCAUAGUAUCCGCCAUGCAAGAAUUUUGGAAGCUUUAGAAAUUGAAAAGCAAAAAAUUGCUAAAGAAGUACAAAUUCUCCAGCAGAAUCAGGCUAGCAGGGACAAAACUUUUACAAUUCAGUCAAGUUGGAGCUCUAUGAAACUCUCCAUGAUGAUUCAGGAAGCCAAUGCCAUCAGUAACAAAUUUAAAAAAUAUUAUGUUUUUGGCAGAGAUGAGACAUCGGACAAAGGCAACCCUGAAACUUCUGUUCGGGUUCGUAACCUCAAACUUGGCAUCUCAACUUUCUGGAGUUUGGAAAAAUUUGAAUCUAAGCUUGCAGCAAUGAAAGAGCUUUAUGAGAGUAAUGGUAAUAACAGGGGUGAAGAUGUCUUCUGUGAUCCUGAAGAUGAAUGGGAGCCUGACAUUACAAAUGCACCAGUUUCUUCACUUUCUAGAAGGAGGAGCAGAAGUUUAAUGAAGAAUAGGAGAAUUUCUGGUUGUUUACAUGACAUACAGGUCCACUCAUUUCCGAAAUUACAUUCUUCACAUUCAUCAGGCUUAAUGGAGAAAUCAAGCACAAUUUACUCAAAUUUGGCAGAAUCGUUUCUUCCUGGAAUUUGUAAGGACUUGAUUGGCUCAUCAGUGGAUUUUCUUACACAGAGUUAUGAUGAAGAAAAAACAAUAGCAGAUAGCCUGAUGAAUAAUCUCCUUAAAAUUUAUAAUGGGCUCUUUGCCAUUUCCAAAGCUCAUGAAGAACAAGAUGAAGAAACUCCAGAUAAUUUGUUCUCUUCCGAUCGAGCAGCACAGGUACUUAUCAUCCAGAUUGCGUGUGCUUUUGAGCAGCUUGCAGUUUUACUCAGACACUGGCUGGCUGAUUUUCCACCUUGUAACAACACAGUGAGGCUUGAAGAUGAGUUGAGACAAGAGGCUAAAAAGCUGGGAGGCUACUUACAAUUAUUUUUGCAGGGGUGCUGUUCAGAUAUUUCAUCAAUGGUAAAAGAAGCUCAAAAGAAAGUAAUCCGAACUAUACAACAAGCUGUUCAGCAUGUGGGACAGUUAGCAGUUCUAAAAGGAAGCAAGCUGUGGUUUUUGGAAAACAGUAGUAAGACCGCUAAUGUCCAGGAGGAAUUCAUGGUUUCUCUUUGGGAUGGUGCAGCCUCGGGGAUGAGUAUUCUAUUAGAUUCAGGACUGGAAAAAGCAAAAGAACUUCAGGAGGACCUCUUAAGGCAAAGUGCACAUAACGAGGUUUCUAAGCAUAUGCAAGCUAAUGCCAUAGGAUUGAUCAGAUGUCUUGAAGAUAUCUUUUCUGAGUGGAAAAUAAAAAGCUUCAGAACUCAAGUACAAGAAGGUUCUAGAAAUCAAGAUUCUAAGAAGAUUAUUAAUUUUGCUCCAGAAUUCUUGAAGUUAAAACACUGUUUUGAGAAAACAAUCCAAAUUAUUACUUCUUCACUAAAAGGGUGCCCUGGGGAUAUACAUCUUCUCAAAAGUUGCACUGAAACUAUCUGCAACCUAGUUAGUAAUGUUCUUAUUGACCUCAGUGAGACCUCUAUUUCUGCUGACAGCUGUGAGAAUAAAAUACUUCCUGUUGGUUGUGGGGAGCUAGAAUCUCUAGCUAAGUCACUGAUCUUAGUUUUUGAAUCUGGAGAAAGAUCUGGUUUGUUAAAACCCUUGGAAACUUGUAAUCAAAAUACUCAAGAAGAAGAAGAAGAAGGAGAAAAAGGAGAAGAGUACAAGUCAAGAAGGGCUGGCUGCAGUAGUGGUGUGUCAAAGUGUGUCCAAGAAUUGCACAGCAGUGUAUCUCCAGCAGUGCACUCACAGGGGUGCACAACCAGUAGGAUCCAGUGGGUUUGAAUGCAGUUGUGCAGGUACUUGGUUACCAUCCAUGGCCAAAAAGAAUACUCAGUAAUAGUUUUCCUUAUGCAGGAGGAACAUAAAUGAAAUCAGUGUAAAAAAAAAUCCAUAUCUAUUAACAUAGUGGAAUCUGGCUUCAGAAUGCCUGAAUGUGCACUCCGA